AUGCGUGAGAAGACCACAGCAAAGCAGCAGGUACCUUCCUUCGUCACCCUCAACUUGAGACAAUCUAGCUUGUCUCUGGCUGUUAAAGCUGGCAUUCCAGACACUCACAGUUUCUUACAGGCCGGACCACUAACCAAAGUGACUCUUUGCAAAGACAGAGAUGGAAAGCCGAAGUCCUUUGGCUUUGUCUGCUUCAAGCAUCCUGAAUCUGUGUCUUAUGCCAUAGCUUUGCUGAAUGGAAUUCGUUUGUAUGGGAGGCCAAUUAAUGUGCAGUAUCGGUUUGGUAGUUCUCGCUCUUCUGAACCAGCUAGCCACAGUUUUGAGAGCUGUGUUAAGAUAAAUUCACACAGCUUCAGGAAUGAUGAGAUGGUGGGCAGAUCUUCAUUUCCCGUGCAGUUUUUCCCAGUUCCGAACACUGCUUUACCUCAAGAAUAUUUUUUCUUUCAGAAAAUGCACUGGCACACCCAGAGUCCAAUGCUGCAGCCUCCUUUCUAUGACGUGACAGCUACACUUCCCAACAGUGCAUCAGGGCCUAGUUCCUCAAACCACGCUCCAGACCUCCAGGCUGGACCCAGCUCCUAUGAAUGGACUCACCAGCAACCAAGUGACCCUGACCUUUAUCACAGGAGUAAAAGGAAGAGGCAAAGGCAGGCCAGUGACAGUGACAGUAGCUCAGAGGAUAAGAGAGGAAAUGAAGGUAGCCAAAGAUGCCGGAAAUGUAAAAGGAAGAAGAAAUUCUAGUGAAGUAUAUCUACACUGCUCUCGACUCUCUCUCUAAAAAAAAACAAAAAUCUGUUGUACCAAGUUGCCCAUUUCUUGGCCACCUUGUCUUUUUAAAAAAAAUAUGAAAUAUGACUCUGUGAUUGGCUAUUCAGUUUUUGCCCUGAGUGAUAAAAGCCUUCAAACAGUAAUAGAAUAUACUCCUUUUGUAUUGGCAAGGUUAUUUUUGGCCCAUUGUCAAGAGAAUACUCUUUUCAUCAUCUUAUUUUUGAGAGUUGAGGAUGAAGCUUCCCCAAACUCACUGAACCCUUGAGGGUUCAGCACCAUGAUCUCCCAAAAGUCUCACCUGAGCCUUUCAGCUAAAAGUGGACUGGCCUCAGGGGUGCAUCUGCAGGUUGCUGGGAGAACUGAUGGCAAUAUUUAAAAACAGAGAGUCCUAACAAACAUGUGGUGAGGAGGCUUCCGUUCCCUGUGUAACUGACACUUUAGUUUUUAUGUCUAAAUAUGGUACCUCUGAGCAUCACGAGCAGGGUUGAUGCUGCCAUGUGACCAUGACUGUGAUAUCAAAGGAAAGACAAACUGUCAUAUGUUCACUGUCAUGUGCUCAAAGGGAACCCUGUGUGAUGAUUCCCCCUUUUCAUGAUUUUAUUUGACACAACUCUCUCUUUACAUCUCACUUAGUGUUUAUAAUGAGAAAAAUCAGUGAUGGUGUUAGCAUCCACUGUCUACUUCUGCCACCUCGGGUGGGAAGUAUAUAGCAAAUGUGUGAAUUGUCUGAUGAGCAAGUGUAUAGAAUGAUGUAUCAUCGUAUAUUUGAUGCCUACUUCCAAGUCUUUGUUUUUAAUUUACUUAUUUUAGAAGAUGAAUGGACUACAGUAAAAUGAAUGGUGUAUGUCAAUUUGAUAGCCCAGUAUAAACCAAAAUUAUGAAAAGCAUACAUUUGUUAAAGCUAACUGAAAGAAUCGUGCAAAAGCCGCUUGGAUUUAUCUACUUAGUUGAAAAGGAAAAAUCACACAUGGAUGUUACUUUUGCAUGUUGGUUUUUUUAUAAGUGUUAUUUAUUUAAAAGAAUAAAUAUAUAUGGAAAUAAAUUAGGUCAGCGUGAUUGGCAUGUUAGCAGAGAUGUGUAUAAGAGUGCUUCUUAGCAACUAAGAUUGACAUGUGUAAUAAAGUCAGUUUGACUGAGAAAUGUCCUCAUAACUCUGCCGUCAGAGACAGAAAAUUAGUGUCAAUUCUCAGAUAGUCAGCCAUUUAGCUAAACAGAAUGCUAGGAGAGUUACUUUCACUGUGGUGUCUUUCUUUGUAUAAAACUUCGCCAUGUGUUGGUGGCACACACCUUUAAUCCCAGCACUC